AGAGAGGAAUAGAGGCUAUCAUCAUUAAUCACCAUUAACCACAUGCCGCAUUUGCACUUUUUCAAAAGCGAUAAUCAUUUUCAGGUUUCCCUCCACACUCUCGCUGUUCCAUUUAAAUUCAAGGUCUCGCGAGUUUCUCAGUCACACACACACUGCGUUGGCGCUGCAAAUAACCCAAGUCUCGGAUCACCGUUCAACAGAGCCAAAGAGAUUUAAUUGCUAUGGAGCUGAAUUCGCCGCAGAGACCGUUUUCAAUCAAAUUGUGGCCACCUAGUCAGAACACUAGACAGACACUUGUGGAGAGGAUGGCCAACAAUCUGACAACGAAAUCUGUUUUCACACAAAGGUACGGAAAUUUGGACAAGGAAGAAGCUCAAGAGAAUGCAAAAAGAAUUGAGGAUGUGGCUUUUGCAACAGCAAAUCAACACUACGAGCAGGAGCCCGAUGGUGAUGGAGGUUCUGCAGUCCAGCUUUAUGCCAAAGAAUGUAGUAAGCUCCUCUUAGAAGUUCUCAAAAGAGGGCCGGGUCUAAAUGGUAAAGAAGAAGUGGUAGCAUCUGAUAAUACCUCUGCACCUGCUGAAGCUGUAUUUGAUAUAUCCAAAGGCAAAAGGGCCUUUAUUGAACCUGAUGAGGCCGAGGAACUACUAAGGCCGUUAAAGGAGCCAGAAAAUUCUUUCACCAAAAUAUGCUUCAGCAACUGGAGUUUUGGACUAGGAGCAGCACAAGUUGCCCAGCCCAUUCUCAGUUCCAUCAAGCACCAGUUGAAAGAUGUAGAUCUAUCGGAUUUUAUUGCUGGAAGACCAGAAGCUGAAGCUCUUGAUGUCAUGAAUAUAUUCUCAACUGCACUAGAGGGUGCUGCCCUAAGGUCUUUAAACCUCUCUGACAACGCUUUAGGGGAGAAAGGUGUUAGAGCAUUUGGAGCACUAUUGAAGUCGCAAAACCACUUGGAGGAGCUUUAUCUAAUGAAUGAUGGAAUCUCAGAGGAAGCUGCUCAAGCAAUUUGUGAAUUGAUUCCUUCUACUGAGAAGCUCAAAGUUCUUCAUUUCCAUAAUAAUAUGACCGGAGAUGAAGGGGCAUUAGCUAUUGCUGAGAUUGUGAAGCGUUCUCCUUCCUUGGAGGAUUUUCGUUGUUCCUCCACAAGGAUAGGUGCUGAAGGUGGAGUUGCCCUGUCCAAUGCUUUAGGAAAUUGUAUCCAUCUGAGGAAGCUUGAUUUGCGAGAUAACAUGUUUGGAGUAGAGGGUGGUAUUUCUUUGAGUAAAGCUCUUACAAGGCAUGCAGAAUUGAGAGAGAUAUACCUGAGCUACCUCAACUUAGAAGAUGAUGGUGCAAUUGCUAUAAUCAAUGCUCUUAAGGAAUCAGCACCUUACCUUGAAGUUCUGGAGAUGAGUGGAAAUGACAUUACAGCCGAAGCUGUUCCUGCAAUAGGAGCAUGCCUAGAAGCAAAGAUCUUCCUUGCCAGGUUGAACCUCUCCGAGAAUGAACUCGAGGACGAAGGUGCCAUCCAGGUAAGCAAGGCUUUAGAAGGCCACUUUCACUUAAAGGAAGUUGAUCUGAGUAGCAACAAAAUAUCGAGGGUGGGGGCUCAACAGUUGGCUCUGACUCUGGUGCAAAAGGCAAAUUUCCAACUUCUAUUCAUCAAUGGAAACAUCAUUUCCACUGAAGGGGUUGAAGAGUUGAAGGACAUAUUCAAAACUUCUCUGGACAUGCUUGGUCCAUUAGAUGAAAAUGACCCUGAUGGAAUAGACAGCGAUGAAGAAUCUGAUGAAGAGGGUGGUGAUAUUGAACUGGAAUCGAAAAUGAAGAGUCUUGCAGUUAAUUAAAAUGUAGUAGUACACUUUUAUGUUUUGAUGCUCAAGUAAACUCUUUAUGGCAGUGUAGACCAUUUUAUUCGUAGCAGUUUAUGUAUCUAUGAAGGUGCACCAGUAGAAACAUUGAGGAUAUAUAUAGACAUGUAUCUGGAUUAUGUAUGUUAAUCAUAUUUUGAAUGCUUCCUUUAA